GUACCGUACAUCGUGUUGCUAUGGCCUGAUAGCCGCUCUUCGCCUUGGCACAAGCACCCUAUAUAAGGCGAACAAACGUGUUUUGAGCUCGAUUGUAAUCCCUCCCCAUGCUCUUCACUUAUAUUCUUACUUCAGGGAUAUCGUGCAUUGUUGCCCUGGUUAUUGUUUCGGGUCUGACUCGCAGGCGUGUCUACCCUUUGCCUCUGCCGCCUGGCCCUUGUCCGUUGCCAUUUUUUGGUAAUGUGCUGCAAUUGGAUACUAAACGACCUUGGCUCACAUAUACUGCAUGGGGAAAAACAUUUGGAAAAAUCAUUCACUCUCGCAUAUUUGGGAUCGACUUUGUCAUCAUAAACUCCGAAAGCAUCGCGCGGGAGUUGCUGGACAGGCGUUCUGCGAAUUAUUCUACUCGUCCCGUUAUUCGCACCAACGAAUUAGCUGGACUGACUUUCAAUACUGUGCUCCUUCCAUAUGGAGAGACUUUACGCCAGCACCGCAAGAUCUUUCAUCAGGUCCUCAGGGCUGAUGUAGCAGUUUCAUACCACGAGAUGUACUCUCGCCUCGCAAGCGAACUAGUUAUCAAUCUCUUGGAUGCUACUAGUAACCCGCAAAAACACACUGAAACAUACGCAGCGUCCCUAAUCAUGGGUGUGACGUACGGAUACCUUGCUCGCGGACACGAAGACCUAUUCGUUUCCCGCGCACGCGAACUCUUUGAUAUUAGCAUACAUAUUUUUUCUCCCGAGAGGGCUGCUAUAUUCACAGCCUUUCCUUUUCUCGAAAAGUUGCCGUUUUGGUGUUUCGGUGGAUCACUUGCCCUGAUGGGACGCUGUAGAGAAUUAUCUCGACAGCUUCUGAACGAACCCUUUAACGAAGUGAGGGCACAGAUAGCAAAUGGCACUGCUGUACACUCAUUGGUCGCUGAUUUUCUCAGUCAAGCUCAUGACAACACUGACGAAGACACGAUGAAGGCUAUUGCGUUGACGGGAUACGUAGUUGGCAUAGACACCACUGCAUCCACAUUGAAGAUGUUUUUACUGGCCAUGGUGCUUUAUCCUGAUGUCCAAGCCCGGGCUCGUGCAGAAAUUGAUCAAGUUGUGAGGCAUGAUGAAAUGCCGUGCCUUGAUGACAGGGCGUCACUGCCCUACCUCGAUGCCAUUAUCUGCGAGGUCAUGAGAUGGUGUCCUGUCGCCCCCCUAGGAAUGCCACAUGCAACAUUAAAUGACGAUGUGUACGACGGGUACUUUAUACCAAAAGGUGCGAUAGUCAUGGUUAAUCAGUGGGCGCUGUCUCGGGAUGAAGACAUCUUUCCCGAUGCAUCGCGCUUCGAUCCUAGCCGCCAUCUAACCGUUGAGGGGAAGCUGAAGAAUCCUUUCGUCAACCAUUUUGCCUUUGGUCAUGGCAGGCGUACUUGUCCCGGUCGUUGGUUCGCAGAGAACAGUCUGUGGACUGCAGUUGCUGCCAUUUUGCCGUCUUGCGCAUUGAUCAUGCCAAAGACUCAAACGGAGACAGGAUUGAGGUGAAACCGGAGUUUACCACCGGCUUGGCGAUUCACCCUGAAGCAUUCCACUACUCGUUUGAAAGCGUGAACACAGCGAGAGAAAGACACCUCCGAGAGAUGAAUUAGGCUUCGUUUGUACUUGAGGUGGUUGGUUGUAUGAUAG